UCUCUCUCUCUCUCUCUCUCUCUGAAGAAGAAGAAGGAGAAGACAGCUGUUCUUGGGUUGUGCUUUUUUUCCUCUAUCGUUUUCUAUUAAGUUUUUCUUUCUCGUUUACUGCUUUUGUGCCGCAGCCCAUUUGCGCAAAAAAAAAAGAGAUGUCUUUCUCUCCUUGUUCUUGUUCGUUUUCUUGAUUUUUGUUCGGACAAACACAACUGGGAAAAGACACAUAGUCCCCAAAAAAAGCCCGAGGUUGUCUGAAUUCUGAGCCUUGAAAGAGACCACUACAACGUAAAAUCUUUUUCCUUCCUCUCUUUUCUGGAUAUUGUCUUUGGGGCUUGAGAGGAGGUGAGGGAAUGGAAUUCGAGCUGGCUUUCAUUGUGAUUCUUCAAGCCGCGUUCCUUCUGUCUCUAUGUUCAGCGGAAAAACAUGAGGACCUCUUGCCCAAGAUAUCUCCUGAUGCUUCUCCUCAGCCGUUUCUUCCUUUCAUUGCACCGUCUCCGAUGGUUCCAUUCAUAAACAGAACCACUCCGAAACUAUCGGGGCUUUGCUCACUUAACUUCUCAGCAUCUGAGAGUUUGAUCGAGACAACUUCCUACAACUGUUGGCUUGUCUUGGCCCCUGUCCUGGCUGAUGUUAUGUGUUGUCCUCAGUUAGAUGCUACACUAGCGAUUCUCCUCGGAGAAUCGAGCAAAGAAAGUGGGCUGCUUGCCUUGAACGGGACACAAUCCAAGCACUGUCUCUCGGAUUUAGAGAAAAUUUUAGUGGCAAGAGGUGCUUCAAAUGAGCUUAUGAAGAUAUGUUCUGUCCGUGCGUCAAAUCUUACGGCUUCUUCCUGCCCCAUCAUUGAUGUUAAUGAGUUCGAAAGCUUGGUAGAUGCUUCAAAGCUUCUUGUGGCAUGUGAAAAGGUUGAUCCUGUGAAGGAAUGUUGUGAACAGAACUGCCAGAAUGCAAUACUUGAUGCUGCUACUAAGAUUGCUCUGAAAGCAUCCGAACCUUUGACAGAUAACUCGGAGAGGAUAAAUGAUUGCAGAAGCGUCGUACACCGUUGGCUUGCUAGUAAACUCGAUCCUUCUCGUGCUAAGGAAACUCUCAGAGGGCUAACAAACUGUAAUGUCAACAGAGUUUGCCCUCUGGUGUUCCCGCACAUGAGGCACAUCGGGAAUAGCUGCAGAGACGGGAUCAGUAACCAGACAGGCUGCUGCCUUGCCAUGGAGAACUAUGUAUCUCACUUGCAGAAGCAGUCACUCGUCACCAACUUGCAGGCUUUGGAUUGCGCUUCAACUAUGGGGCUAAAGCUGCAGAAGCUCAACGUCACCAAGAAUCUCUUUAGCAUUUGUCAUAUCAGCCUGAAGGAUUUCUCCAUUCAAGUCGCAAGCCAAGUGUCGGGUUGCCUCUUGCCAAGCUUACCAUCUGAUGCGAUAUUCGAUAACUCCACGGGGAUAAGCUUCACUUGCGAUCUGAACGACAACAUUCCAGCUCCAUGGCCCUCUUCCUCCUCUCAAUCACCCGCCUCUUCCUGUAACAAAACUGUCAGAAUCCCGGCUCUUCCCGCUGCAGCAUCCUCUCAACCGAGUCUCUACAAUGAAGCUGUGAAUCGCUUGGUGAUCUCUGUCUUGUCUAUGGUUCUCUUGAUAUUGCUGCCUCUGUCUUAGUAGUAGCUGUUCAAAACCGGUUCAGCCUCCCUGAUUGGUGUACCGAUACCGGUUUAGUGAUCAUGGAGGUGUCUUUUGUAGAUCAAACCGGUACGGUCAUUGCUAAAAGUUGCGUGUACCGGCCCGGUUUAAGCACUGAGGUAUAAGUUCCCGAGGUGAUCGUAUUGAUUCACGAUUCUUGAAAAUCUUUUUUUUUUAUGUAAAGAAAUAUAUUAUUAUUAUUAGGGUCUAUAAAAGUUUAUAUAUUAUGUAUUUCUCUGUGUUGUAAAUCGUACUAUUGACUUGGUAUUUUUUUUUUAUCGGUUUCAGUAA